AUGGACACACAAGCAGGAAUAUCUCAGAAGGACAUCUAAUGUUAUCCCCGGAUUGUGACAUAAAAGAUAAUGACAGUAGACCGGAUUCUCCAGGAGAUAACCCCAUUACCCCAAUGAUACAUCCAGCUCUAUCAGCUGAUCCCUCUGAUCCUGGGAAAUGUUCUCCUGAUCACUCUGAUAUUGGUGCAUCUGUUACAGCUCUGAGAGUAGAUACAGAGUUUCCCUGUUCUAUAGAUGCCAAAUGUUUUACACAGAACACAAAGCCUAUUAACCCACACACAGGUAAGGCAGGUGAGAGGCCACUGAUAUGUUCAGAGUGUGGGAAAUGUUUUACAUACAAAUCACAUCUUGUUAUACAUCAGAGAAGUCACACAGGUGAGAAGCCGUUUCCAUGUUCUGAGUGUGGGAAAUGUUUUACACGCAAAUCAGAUCUUGUUAAACAUCAGAGAAGUCACACAGGUGUGAAGCCAUUUUCUUGCUCUGAGUGUGGGAAAUGUUUUACACAGAAAUCACAACUUGUUACACAUCAGCAAAUUCACACAGGUGAGAAUCUGUUUUCUUGCUCUGAGUGUACGAAAUGUUUUACACGGAAAUCAGAUCUUAUUACACAUCAGAGAAGUCACACAGGUGAGAAGCCAUUUCCAUGUUCUGAGUGUGGGAAAUGUUUUGCAGACAAAUCAAAUCUUACUAAACAUGAAAGAAGUCACACAGGUGAGAAGACAUUUUCAUGCUCCGAGUGUGGGAAAUGUUUUACACGGAAAUCACAUCUUGUUACACAUCAGCAAAGUCACACAGGUGAGAAGCCGUUUCCAUGUUCUGAGUGUGGGAAAUGUUUUGCAGGGAAAUCAGUUCUUGUUAUACAUCAGAGAAGUCACACAGGUGAGAAGCCGUUUCCAUGUUCUGAGUGUGGGAAAUGUUUUACACGCAAAUCACAUCUUGUUAAACAUCAGAGAAGUCACACAGGUGUGAAGCCAUUUUCUUGCUCUGAGUGUGGGAAAUGUUUUACACAGAAAUCACAACUUGUUACACAUCAGCAAAUUCACACAGGUGAGAAUCUGUUUUCUUGCUCUGAGUGUACGAAAUGUUUUACACGGAAAUCAGAUCUUAUUACACAUCAGAGAAGUCACACAGGUGAGAAGCCAUUUCCAUGUUCUGAGUGUGGGAAAUGUUUUGCAGACAAAUCAAAUCUUACUAAACAUGAAAGAAGUCACACAGGUGAGAAGACAUUUUCAUGCUCCGAGUGUGGGAAAUGUUUUACACGGAAAUCACAUCUUGUUACACAUCAGCAAAGUCACACAGGUGAGAAGCCAUUUCUAUGCUCUGAGUGCGGGAAAUGUUUUACACAGAAAUCACAUCUUGUUACACAUCAGAGAAGUCACACAGGUGAGAGGCCAUUUUCAUGUUCUGAGUGUGGGAAAUGUUUUACAUAUAAAUCAUAUCUUGUUAGACAUGAGAGAAGUCACACAGGUGAGAAGCCGUAUUCCUGUUCUGAGUGUGGGAAAUGUUUCGCACAGAAAUCAGCUCUUGUUACACAUCAGAGAUGUCACACAGGUGUGAAGCCGUAUUCCUGUUCUGAGUGUGGGAAAUGUUUUGCACACAAAUCACAUUUAGUUAUACAUCAGAGAAAUCACACAGGUGAGAUGCCAUUUUCCUGUUCUGAGUGUGGGAAAUGUUUUGCAUGCAAAUCAUAUUUUGUUAUACAUCAGAGAAGUCACACAGGUGAUAAGCCGUAUUCCUGUUCUGAGUGUGGGAAAUGUUUUGCACACAAAUUAUGUUUAGUUAUACAUCAGAGAAGUCACACAGGUGAGAAGCCGUAUUCCUGUUCUGAGUGUGGGAAAUGUUUUGCACACAAAUCACAUUUAGUUAUACAUCAGAGAAGUCACACAGGUGAGAAGCCGUAUUCCUGUUCUGAGUGUGGGAAAUGUUUUGCACACCAAUCACAUUUAGUUAUACAUCAGAGAAAUCACACAGGUGAGAAGCCAUUUUCCUGUUCUGAGUGUGGGAAAUGUUUUGCACGCAAAUCAUAUUUUGUUAUACAUCAGAGAAGUCACACAGGUGAGAUGCCAUUUUCCUGUUCUGAGUGUGGGAAAUGUUUUUCAUCGACAUCACAUCUUGUUAUACAUCAGAGAAGUCACACAGGUGAGAAGCCAUUUUCCUGUUCUGAGUGUGGGAAAUGUUUUUCAUCGACAUCACAUCUUGUUAGACAUCAGAGGAGUCACACAGGUGAGAAGCCAUUUUCCUGUUCUGAGUGUGGGAAAUGUUUUUCAUCGACAUCACAUCUUGUUAGACAUCAGAGGAGUCACACAGGUGAGAAGCCAUUUUCCUGUUCUGAGUGUGGGAAAUGUUUUGCACGGAAAUCAGUUCUUGUUAAACAUCAGCGAUUUCACAGAUGAGAAGCCAUUUUCAUGCUUUGAGAGAAAUAAAUCUGCUCUUGUUGAACAUAUUAGACAUUACCCAAGUACGGAACCAUUUACAUCUUCUGGAGUAUAAUUAUCACUGCCGUCCAAUGUUCCUCAAGGGUGAAUCCGAUCUCUUAUGCUUUAUAAAAUAUACAUGCUACCACUGGGUGAUAUAAUCAGACGUCAUGGCCUGGUCUACCACUGCUAUGCAGAUGACCUGCUUUUUGCACCAUGUACUGAGAACCUAAUACCAAUCCUAAAUGGUUGUCUAGCUGAGCUCCAGGGGUGGAUGAUGCCAGUUGGCUGUGACUCAGUCUUUGUGAAACAUAAUAGAAGCUCACCAACAAAGGACAAGACUACAGCUUUACCAACCAUCUGGAUUUAUGCUUUGGUGUUCAGAAUUGCAAAAUACUAAACAUGUGCUGAAUCUUUGUGUUGUCCUGGUAUGUGGCUGACACAGACAUCAGGUAUCUGCCACAUACUAAUCCUCGUUCUUUCAUCUGUGGACCAUAGCCAGAAUCAAGCACUUGAUUCCCUCAGAAGUUCAUAGACUACUGCAAUACCAUCUACCUGGGUCACCCAGCAAAAGAAUUACAGAGCUUGCAGAUAGUACAUAAUGCAGCAGCCAAGCUGUUACCUAACCAGCCCGUUCCUGCCACAUAACACCCAUUCUCUGCUCCCUUCACCGGCUGCCUCUAAGAUGACAAAUCUAUUUAAUAAUUGGCUAACUGACCUUCCCAGCCCAACAUUACAUGGUCCAAGGAACUAGAAGCAGCUUCUGCCUCCUUACUGCCCUGCUUGCUUGCUUCUACAGAUAAAGGACUGUUACCAGCAGUACCAAGAAUCUCCUGUCAUUCAUUUAUGGGUUGAACGUUUAGCUUUGACCAUGGAACUCACUGCCUUGCACAGUCCAAGAGGCCUCCACUCUAGAGACCUUCACAAGCAGACUGAUGACUGUUACUCAGCUUUUCAUUAAUGUACCUCUAUUUACUUCCUAAAUAAUACAUCCCAAAUGCUUAGGUCUUUUUUCUGCUGUUUAUUUUGUAUCUUGUGCUUUGUGUAAAUGUGAAUGUCUAAUACCAGUUUGCACAAUCUGUAUUGCUGCACGACAAUAUGGCGGCCAUUGGAACGUGUUUUCACUUCUAGUUUGCCUAACUUGUUGCAGACACUCAUCUUGAUCAGGAGUGCUGAGUGUUUUCUUAUACAAGAUCCUAUCCAUAUAUACCCUGUACAUUAUCAUGUGCAUUAGAGUCACCCGGGUUCCAUCUGCGGUGGUUUGUUGUAUGUUACAUCUAUAUGGUGCGGAUACUCCCCUGUAUGAUUUCAUAAUAAAAGCUUUUGUUUGCAUCUAA